AUGCAGAAAUUCAUGAAGAGUGGGAGUGAUUUGGAGCAUGAAGCAUUCCUUGUGUUUUGGCUGUCCAGGUAUGUGUUCCACAAUACUCCUAAUAGUUCAGUCAAUAAGGCUGUUUUCUCCAUUGCGAUUCGUUUAGCUAGGGGGAUCCCAAUUGCGCUUGCACCUGCUGUUCUUGCCCACAUUUAUAGGGAUUUGAGUAUGCUGAAAAUGACAAUUGUAGCUUCAAAUGGAUUGAAUGCUAGGAAUGAAAUUGUAGAUGCCACAAUCAUGUCACCAUUUCAUUUAGUUCAGGUUUGGGCAUGGGAAAGGUUCGUGGAACUUAGGCCUAUACCUAAUGUUAUAAGCUGUGCUGAGCCAAGAUUGGCUCGAUGGGAUAAGGUAGAUUGUCUGAAUGUUGGAAAUAUGAGGAGCGUUUUAGACAAAGCAGGUGAAGGUUUCAUUCGGCGCCCUUAUACCAUGGCCAUUAAGAACUGUGUUUUUCCUGCAUACUAUGUUGAAAUGGAAAAGUGGGUGUUGGUUGGUCCAAACUUGGAUGAUGAACAUGAUCUAAUGUCAUUUGCCAUGUUUUUGAGGGUGGCUGAGUUAGUUGGAUUUGGUACUAGACAGAAAUACCUCCCUCAUCGAGUGGCUAGGCAAUUUGGAUUUAAUCAAGACAUUCCAUGUUCUUCUGUUGCUGGACACAGCCACAGUUUUGAGAAUGCAAAGUUGUACGUUCCAUCCAAGCUUUCUGAGACAGAUACUAGCAUGAGAUACUUGAGCUGGUGGCAGGAAUCAGAGUCAUGCCUCGAGCAGAAGAGUAUUCCACUGAAAAAGAAACCAAAGAAAGCCGUAGAGGGGUCAAAAGAAGCAAACAAGAUAUUUAAGGCCACCGUUGCUUGUGAUUAUUCUCCAAAGAAUUCAGAAAAAGUAGUGCAGGUAUCUACAAGAAGGAAUGAUGAUAGUGAUAACCUUGUAGCUCUAGGAUUUCCUCCCACAUGUAAUGAAAUGAAUGCUGCAGAUCCUAUGGAUGAAGAUGCACUGUCUAUAUCAGAAGUUCUGAAACAUAGCAAGAUAGAUGAAACUGUUGAAACCAAGGAAAGUGGUGACUGUGAGAAAUUAUCUGGUCAAGUUCAAGAUUUGGUAUAUUCAAGUGUGGAAAAAGGUACUGGUAAUACUAUGAGGUCAGAGGGAACAAAGAAGGUCCUGAAGACUGAAGCUUUCACCGGAGCAUCUAAGGCUAAGUGUAACCUGCUAAAAAGCAGCGGACAGCAACACAAGAGGUGCAAAAAAUCACAUGGCUAG